UUUCAUUGUAAUCAGUAUUUUCAAAAAUGGCGUCUUCGAUAGGACUGUUGUCUUUUCGACAUAUAGUCCAUAUGCGAGGCCCUCAAGCAAGACUGUCGACUCAACGCAUUCCAGCACGUCUUUUUAGUGUGGCUACUGCUCUCAGACCUGAGCCGGAAGAGGAAGCUUCUGCAGUCCCUCAGACGUUUCCAUACGAGCACUUCUAUAGCCGUGUUCUAAAGAAGAAGCAUGAGGAUGGAUCAUAUCGACAAUUCCGUAACAUCAAUCGUCUUGCUCGAGAGUUCCCUUACGCACAUUCUGAUAAUAAAGAGAAGCGCGUAGAUGUGUGGUGCACAAAUGACUACCUUGGAAUGGGCGGGCAUCCCAAAGUCCUUCAAGCAAUGCAUACAGUUCUAGAUAAGUAUGGUGCUUGUUCUGGCGGCUCGAGAAACAUAUCUGGUCAUAAUCAAUGGGCCGAGGCGCUGGAAAAGUCAAUCCUAAAGCUUCAUGCGAAAGAAGCAGCCCUUACCUUUACCUCUGGCUACGUUGCAAACGAGUCGGCUCUGGUUGUUCUUGGGUCCCAUCUUCCAGACUGCGUUUUCCUCUCAGACGCCUCCAAUCAUUCGUCCCUCAUUGAAGGCAUCCGCAAGUCGACAGCGGCGAAGCUUGUCUGGAAACACAAUGACUUAUGCGAUCUCGAGAGAAAACUUGCGUCGAUUCCACUGCAAGUUCCCAAAAUUGUAGUGUUCGAGUCAGUCUAUUCGAUGUGCGGUACUGUUGCGCCCAUUUCUGAGAUUUGUGAUCUCGCUGAAAAGUACGGAGCCAUAACUUUCCUUGACGAGGUUCAUGCCGUGGGACUAUACGGCCCUCAUGGCGCAGGAGUUGCCGAACAUCUCGACUACAAAGCUCAUCUCGUAGGCAACAUCAAAGGCACAGUAAUGGACCGCAUAGAUAUUAUCAGCGGUGCGCUUGGGAAAGCAUUUGGCACCAUGGGCGGCUACAUCGCGGGAUCUGCAGCCCUGGUCGACAUGGUGCGUUCUCAAGCGCGGAGCUUCAUCUUUACGACAGCACAACCUCCUGCCGUCAUGGCUGGAGCUCGCGCUGCGAUCGAGCACUUGUAUGAGCAUGAUGAUCUACGCAUACAACUCCAUAAGAACACGCGGAUGGUUAAGGCUGCACUUCGCGAGCAUGACCUUCCAGUUCUUCCAAACCAAUCCCACAUCAUCCCACUCAUGGUGGGAAACUCUGUUCUUUGCAAAGAGGUUGCCGAUAUUCUUUUCAACGAGUAUGACAUCUACGUUCAGCCCAUCAACAGCCCUAGCGUGCCAAGGGGCCAAGAGAGACUUCGGAUUGCUCCUACGCCGGCACAUACGCCGGGCCAGCAAGAACAUCUCGUGAAAGCGCUAGUGGAGAUAUGGCGUAGACUACAUCUACCAACACUGAAAGACUGGCAGACUGAAGGACUUUCUCCUCUUUCGGAGGCUUUGAGGAAGGAUCAUUUAGAGAAUGUUUGGAUGGACGCACAGCUCGGCCUCUGCAACAGAAAGGCUGGUGAGAUUGAUGAGGAGCAGCCGAAGGCAUUCCGCCCGGAGGAAACAAGAUUGGGUUGGCACUAG